AUGGUCAAAGUCGCCCAUAUCCAAUCCGCCGUAAACGGAAUCGUCCUUCCCGGAUCCGAUCUUCUUCACCCCGGGGAACAUGGCCUCAAGGGGCUCGGCCUUCAUUUAUCUGAGCGGAACCAAGAUCAUCUCGGUCAUAACCAUCAUCCCGAUAAUGAGGAAGCAUGUGACGAGGAUACAGCCGGCGAUACGGCCAGUUGGCUGCUCAACCCGUCCCUCAACCCCACCGCUGCCGCCGCCGCUGCCGCUGCCGCUGCCGCUAGUCGGCUCGGCAGCAGCAGCGACCCGCUGUCGUCUCUCCCGUUUUCCAACAUCGGCAUGUACCCCCCAUCUCUCGGUCUCAACCCGACGUCGCUCUUCCCUCACCCGAACGCUCUCUCCCUCAUGAUGAAACCCCCUACAUCUUCCCCUCCGAACCCAGCCGCUGCCACCGCCGCCGCCGCAGCCGCGAUGAGCGGCGCCCUCCCGCAGUCUCGGCUCACGAAAGCAGGAGGCGCGGAGGGAGCAGCAGCAGCAGCAGCAGCAGCAGGAGGAGGAGCAGAUCUGUUGUUCGACGUCGAUCCUUUCUUGAAUCUUGAGACGUUUGCAGCUGCUAGCGCUCACAAUCAAAGCCACGGUCACCAUGCUCUUGCUCAUGGUCAUCUUGCCGCGGCUGGAGGUCUACCGACUAGUGCGCAACUGCUGCAGAGCCUGGCUGCCGGAGCUGGCCUAGGCACCGGUGCUGAUGUGGACGGUGCUGACGUGGACGGUGCUGAUGUGGAUGGAGGAGUGGGGCCAGAAAAGGAAGCGGGAGUAGGGGAGGGCGAAGAGGAGGGAGCAGAAGAGGGAGCAGAGGAGGGAGCGGCAGGGGAAGAGGAGGCAGGAGCAGAGGAGGAGGCAGGAGCAGGCUGCUUGAUGGGGGAGCGGAGGAGGGGGCAGAGGGGGGAGCAGAGGGAGCAGAGGGAGGAGAUGAGGGGGGUGAAGAGGAGGGAGAAGAGGUAG